UCAAGUUUCGUUCAACUUGAAAUGCUCAAUAUUAAGUUUAUAACUGAGAAAACAGAUUGUAUGUUGAUAUAUUAGAAAUUUGUUGGUGUUGUUGUUUCGUUUUGGUUUUCUUGAAACAACUUUUCUCGUCAAUCCUACUAUUAACUUGAUAUUUUCAAAUAAUAUUUCAUCCGAAGCACAUAGAAGGGUAUAGUGUGUGCAAGCGUCAAAGAACUUAAAGUAGUCGGAAUAUUGUUAGUUCUGCGUGAAAAUUGAUUAGGCCAAAGCAAUCGUUAUGUAUAUUUGUUCAUAACAACUGAUAAAGAUUUGUUUUAAAUUUGAAGAUAAACAACGAGCGACAAACAGUUCAAUUUAGUGUCCAAAUCUGGUGUCAGUAAAAAAAAUUGCGAAGACCUGUUGCAAAUAAAAGAAAUGUCGACACAUUCCAAACAAAAUGAAAAUAAUGAUUAUGUAUCGAUCACAUGUACACAAACCGAACCAACCGUUCAAAUUCUAUGCAAAUGCAAACGAAGCAAUCAAUCAAAGGACCUUGAUAGCGUAAUCAAAGUUCGAUGCAAUGAAAUGAAUUGCAUAUAUCGAAUGGAUUCGAAUGAUAAUGGCAAUGCGGGAGAACAUGAAUGGGUAUCAAAAGAAACAAGAUAUCCAGAUGGCACAGUCAAACUACGAAAUCCCAACAUCGAACUCAUGGAUCAGGAUAUUCUUUACCAUUUGGCACUCGGUAGCGGAAGUCAUGAUUUGGUCGAAAUGUUUGGCGAUGUUAAGUUCGUUUGUAUGGGUGGCACACCAAAACGAAUGGAAACUUUUGCUCAUUUUAUAAUGGGUGAAAUUGGUUAUAAACUACCAACCGGCACACAAUUGUCAGAUAUCAGCGCAUUUUCCUAUCGAUAUUCAAUGUACAAGGUUGGACCAGUAUUAUGUGUCAGUCAUGGUAUGGGUGUUCCUUCGGUCGGUAUAUUGUUACACGAAAUGAUAAAAUUAAUGUAUCAUGCCAAAUGUAAAGAUCCAAUCUUCAUUCGUAUUGGUACAUGCGGUGGAAUUGGUGUUGAAGGCGGCACUGUCAUCAUCACCGAAGAUGCAAUUGAUGGCCUAUUCCGUAGCACUUUUGAACUGCCAAUAUUAGGUAAACUAGUACAACGGCCCGCAAAAUUGGAUAAGAAAUUGGCUCGUGAAUUGAAAAGUUUAUGUGAUCCAGCGAACGAUCCAUACGAUACGGUUAUUGGAAAAACAAUGUGCGCUAAUGACUUCUAUGAAGGUCAAGGACGAUUGGAUGGUGCGUUUUGUGAUUAUACUGAAAAUGAUAAAAUGGAAUAUUUGGCAAAAUUACAUGAUUUUGGUGUGAUUAACAUUGAAAUGGAGUGUACCAUUUUUGCUGCACUUACAUAUCAUGCGGGCAUUCGUUCGGCCAUUGUUUGUGUUGCACUGUUAGAUCGAUUGAAAGGUGAUCAGGUCAAUACCCCGAAGGAGGUGAUGCAUGAAUGGCAACUGCGUCCACAAGUGUUGGUUUCCCGUUUGAUUAGAAAGCAUUUGGCAUUGGAUAAUACAUUGAAAAAACCACUGAUAGCCAAUAGUUCAAUCUGCUCACCAAGACGCUAUAAACUAGUUCAACAAGAGUCCGAAGCUCACGAAUAGAUUCGACAAUCGUUUGACGAUUUCAAUCACUAUAUAAUAUACACAUACACAAAAUACACUUCUCUAUAUAUUUUUGUCGUUAUGUUCACUUUUUGUCUAUUACAAACCAAAAAAAAAAAAAAAUAAUGAAGAAGAAAGGGAUAAGAAAAAUUCAACAAAAAAUAUUGAUCAUUUAACUAUAAAUAUUAAUA